AUGAUCAAUUUGCUGUUAGUUCCUUUUAGUUGCUAUAGCAUCCCUUCCAGCCAUCCCUUCCAGCCACCCCUUCCAGCCACCCCUUCCAGCCAUCCCUUCCAGCCAUCCCUUCCACCCAAGUCCUUCAGCUUCCAGCCAUCCCUUCCAGCCAUCCCUUCCAGCCAUCCCUUCCACCCAAGUCCUUCAGCUUCCAGCCAUCCCUUCCAGCCAUCCCUACCAGCCAUCCCUUCCAGCCAUCCCUUCCACCCAAGUCCUUCAGGUUCCAGCCAUCCCUUCCCGCCAUCCCUUCCAGCCAUCCCUUCCAGCCAUCCCUUCCACCCAAGACCUUCAGCUUCCAGCCAUCCCUUCCAGCCAUCCCUUCCACCCAAGUCCUUCAGCUUCCAGCCAUCCUUCCAGCCAUCCUUCCAGCCAUCCCUUCCAGCCAUCCCUUCCACCCAAGUCCUUCAGGUUCCAGCCAUCCCUUCCAGCCAAGUCCUUCCGCUUCCAGCCAUCCCUUCCACCCAAGUCCUUCAGCUUCCAGCCAUCCCUUCCAGCCAUCCCUACCAGCCAUCCCUUCCAGCCAAGUCCUUCCGCUUCCAGCCAUUCCUUCCACCCAAGUCCUUCAGCUUCCAGCCAUCCCUUCCACCCAAGUCCUUCAGCUUCCAGCCAUCCCUACCAGCCAUCCCUUCCAGCCAUCCCUUCCACCCAAGUCCUUCAGCUUCCAGCCAUCCCUUCCAGCCAUCCCUUCCAGCCAUCCCUUCCACCCAAGUCCUUCCGCUUCCAGCCAUCCCUUCCACCCAAGUCCUUCAGCUUCCAGCCAUCCCUUCCAGCCAACCCUUCCAGCCAUCCCUUCCACCCAAGUCCUUCAGCUUCCAGCUAUCCCUUCCAACCAUCCCUUCCAGCCAUCCCUUCCACCCAAGUCCUUCAGCUUCCAGCCAUCCCUUCCAGCCAUCCCUUCCACCCAAGUCCUUCAGCUUCCAGCCAUCCCUUCCAGCCAUCCCUUCCACCCAAGUCCUUCAGCUUCCAGCCAUCCCUUCCACCCAAAUCCUUCAGCUUCCAGCUAUCCCUUCCAGCCAUCCCUUCCAGCCAUCCCUUCCAGCCAUCCCAUCCACCCAAGUCCUUCAGCUUCCAUUCCAAUCCCUUCCACCCAAUUCCUUCAGCUUCCAGCCAUCCCUUCCAGCCAUCCCUUCCAGCCAAGUCCUUCAGCUUCCAGCCAUCCCUUCCACCCAAGUCCUUCAGCUUCCAGCCAUCUCUUCCAGCCAUCUCUUCCAGCCAUCCCUUCCAGCCAUCCCUUCCACCUAA